AUGGACGGCAUGCACCUUUACAACCUGACGCUGCAGCCUUCCGGCAGCGUCAAUGCGACCGUGGUGGGUCAGUUCUCAGGCAUGCGGCAGCAGGAGAUCGUCGUCGCAAAGGGCAGUCGUCUCGAGCUUCUGAGACCCGAUACGCAGACAGGCAAAGUCGACACGGUGCUCUCCCACGAUGCUUUCGGCGUGGUGCGUAGCUUGGCCUCCUUUCGACUCACCGGUGGCUCCAAGGACUAUCUCAUCGUCGGCUCCGACUCGGGGAGAAUCGUCAUUCUCGAGUAUCAACCGAAAACCAACUCGUUCGACAAGGUGCAUCAGGAGACGUUCGGACGAUCCGGUUCUCGCAGAAUCGUACCAGGGCAGUACCUCGCUACAGAUCCCAAGGGUCGCGCCACCAUGAUCGGCGCCAUGGAGAAGGCCAAGCUCGUAUACAUUCUGAACAGAGACGCUCAGGCAAACCUCACCAUUUCAAGUCCGCUCGAAGCGCAUCGACCCAAUGGCAUCAUCCAUCACAUCAUCGGCGUCGACGUAGGCUUCGAGAACCCUCUUUUCGCUUGUCUCGAGGUCGACUAUUCUGACUCUGACCACGAUCCAUCAGGACGUGCAUUCGAAGAAGCCGAAAAGGCGCUCACCUACUACGAACUCGAUCUUGGUCUCAAUCACGUCGUGCGCAAGUGGUCCGAGCCCGUCGAUCCGCGGUCAAAUCUGCUCAUUCAGGUGCCAGGCGGGUACAAUCAGAAUCUGGAGAAGUGGGACGGACCAAGUGGUGUUCUCGUCUGCAGCGAAGACUACAUUACCUACAAACAUCAGGACCAGCCAGAGCACCGUGUUCCCAUCCCAAAGCGGCUCAACCCUAUCGAAAAGACAUCAGAAAGGCGAGGCACGCUGAUCGUCGCAAGUGUGCUGCACAAGAUGAAGAACGCCUUCUUCUUCCUCGUCCAGACAGAAGACGGCGACCUGUUCAAGAUCACGAUGGAGCAUCAGGACGACGAGAUCCGCUCGCUCAAGAUCAAGUAUUUCGACACUGUCCCAGUCGCAUCCGGUCUAGCCAUCUUGCGGUCAGGCUUCCUAUUUGUGGCGUCCGAGUACGGCCCACAGCUGCUUUACUCAUUCCAGAAGCUUGGUGAUGACGACGACUUGCCCGAGUACAUUUCAACCGACUACGACGAGAAUGGCGCUGGCCGACGACGUCCACAGCUGCCCACGUUCACACCGAGGCCGCUCGACAACCUCGUGCAGGUCGACGAAGUGCCAAGCCUCGAGCCCAUCCUCGACGCCAAGCCUCUCAAUCCGCUGGCGUCGGACUCGCCACAGAUCUUUGCUGCCUGCGGACGAGGCGCAAGAAGCAGUCUCAAGAUGUUGCGGCAUGGUCUCGAAGCGCAAGAGGCGGUAAGCUCAGACUUGCCUGGUGUGCCCAGCGCAGUGUGGACGACCAAGAUCACACGGCAGGACGAACAUGACAGCUAUAUCAUACUCAGCUUCGUCAAUGGAACGCUCGUUCUCAGCAUCGGAGAGACGAUCGAAGAGGUAUCAGAUAGCGGAUUCCUAACCUCAUCGCCCACGCAUGCGGUACAGCAAUUGGGCGAAGACGCUCUUUUGCAGGUGCACCCGCACGGCAUCCGUCACGUUCUUGUGGACAAGCAGAUCAACGAGUGGGCUACACCGAGUCUUCCCAAUGGCAGACAGACGACCAUCGUGGCGACAUGCACCAAUGAGCGCCAGGUGGUGGUUGCGCUUAGCAGCAACGAACUGGUCUACUUUGAACUCGACAUGGACGGCCAACUCAACGAGUAUCAGGAGCGCAAAGCUAUGGGCGCCGCUGUGCUCACGAUGAGUAUGGCUGAUUGUCCUGAAGGCCGUCAGAGAACACCUUAUCUUGCCGUUGGCUGCGAUGACUCCACCGUGCGCAUCAUCUCGCUCGAGCCCACCUCGACAUUAGCUUCCAUCUCGAUCCAGGCCCUCACAGCACCUGCGUCCAGCAUCUGCAUAGCCGAGAUGCACGACGCCACCAUCGACCGCAACCACGCGACAACCUUCGUCAACAUUGGCCUCCAGAACGGCGUCCUCCUUCGCACCGUCCUAGAUGCCGUGACGGGUCAGCUGACGGACACAAGAACGCGUUUCCUGGGAAGCAAGGCGGUGCGCCUGAUCCGAACCAAAGUGCACGGUCAGCCAGCUGUUAUGGCUUUGAGCACGCGAACAUGGCUUUCGUAUACGUAUCAGGAUCGUUUGCAGUUCGUACCGCUCAUCUUUGACGCUUUGGAUCACGCGUGGUCUUUCAGCGCCGAGCUGUGUCCUGAGGGCUUGAUCGGUAUCGUAGGAAGCACGCUUCGCAUCUUUACCAUCCCAUCGCUCGCGAGCAAGUUGAAGCAGGACUCCGUGUCGCUGUCGUACACGCCGCGCAGGAUCGCCCACCAUCCGAACGAACAAGGCCUGUUCUACGUGGUCGAGGCCGAGCACCGAACACUGUUGCCAGGUUCGCAACGCAGACGGACCGAACUGCUCGAGAAGGAGCUCAAACCGCAUCAGCGAGGUGUGCUGGACCUCAAUCCGGCCGAGUUCGGCCUGAUAAGUGCCGAAGCAGGCAACUGGGCAAGCUGCAUCCGUGUUGUAGAUGGUGUGCAGUCGCAAACGACAUUCAAGCUUGAGUUGGACGACAACGAAGCAGCAUUCAGCAUAGCGGUCGUACCUUUUGCGAGUGCCGAAAAGGAGGCGAUGGUCGUCGUCGGCUCCGCGGUCGACGUCGUUCUGUCUCCGCGCUCGUUCAAGAAGGCAUACCUCACGACCUACCGCCUGGUCAACGACGGACGCGAGCUCGAGGUGCUGCACAAGACCGAGGUGGAUGACGUACCGCUGGUACUGCGUGCCUUCCAAGGCCGACUUCUCGCAGGUGUCGGCAAAGCGCUUCGCAUCUACGAUCUGGGCAAGAAGAAACUGCUCCGCAAGUGCGAGAACAAAUCUUUCGCCACGGCUGUCGUCUCGCUCGACGCGCAAGGAUCCCGUAUCGUGAUCGGCGACAUGCAGGAAAGCAUCGUGUUUGCCAGCUACAAACCGCUCGAGAAUCGCCUCGUCGUGUUUGCCGACGAUGUCAUGCCCAAAUUCGUCACGAGGUGUACGAUGCUGGACUACGACACGGUUGCUGCUGCGGACAAGUUCGGCAACGUCUACGUCUUGAGGAUCGACGCCAACACGAGCAGAAGUGUCGAUGAGGAUCCAACGGGAAUGACGAUCGUCCACGAAAAGCCGGUUCUGAUGGGUGCGCCUCACAAGGCAACGUUGGUGGCACACUUUUUCGUCGGCGACAUCAUCACGUCGCUUCACCGCACAGCCAUGGUUCCUGGCGGUCGAGAAGUGAUCCUCUACACCGGUCUAUCUGGGACCAUCGGUGCACUGGUUCCCUUUGUCAGCAAGGAAGACGUCGACACUUUGUCGACGCUUGAAUCGCACAUUAGGCAGGAGAACAACAGCCUCGUAGGGAGAGAUCACCUGGCUUACCGGAGCAGCUAUGCUCCGGUCAAGAGCGUCAUCGAUGGAGAUCUUUGCGAGACGUUCGGAUCGCUUCCACCGGCGAAGCAGAACGCGAUUGCAGGUGAGAUGGAGAGAAAGCCGAGCGAGAUCAACAAGAAGCUGGCGCAGUUGCGCGAGGGCUCUACCGGGUUCUGA